GCAGGAAAUAGCGAUUCGAUCCGGGAAGGAAAGAAGCGGACUUCAUUGUGCCUAGUGUGUACAGUGUACAGAGAUCCAUGACUACAGAUUUCAUCAGGAGUGACACAGAGCUGCGUCAAUAUUGAAGUUAGUGUUGAUCCGAGGAACAGGUGAGCGAGGAGAGCGUUCACAGAUGAGUUACAACUCGACAGUUACCUGACACCUUUCCAACAGAUUUUGUAAUAUCAUCGGAGUUUACCUGAGUAACAAGGCUUUGGAUUCAGAAUAUAUCCCCCCUCUCCGCCAGAGGCUGUCCACAGAAGAAAAAAGUUAACUAAAAGACUUGACAAUGUCAGGUCAUGUCCACCAUGGAGGCCAUACGGGCCACGAAACAACCACACACAUGAUGAAUGCUGGUGAUCACUCAGGGCAUUCCAUGAGCGGGAUGGAUAUGGGGGGCAGCAGCGGAGGCGUUGCUAUGGACCAUAGCGGGCAUGGCAAUCUUAGCAUGGAGCACAGCAUGAUGAUGUACUUUCACACCGGCUUCAAGGAAUACAUUCUGUUUCAACAGCUGCAUGUAACAACUGUGGGACAAAUGGCUGGGGCCUGUGUGGCUGUCUUCUUCCUCGCCAUGUUUUACGAAGGCCUCAAAGUGCUAAGAGAACACUUGUUGAGAAAAGCCAAUGUCAACGUUCGCUACCACAGCAUGCCGGUGUCCAAUGGGAGUGCAGGAGACACCAUGCUCACAGAGACACACAAAACUGUCGGGUCUCGUUUGCUGAGCGGAUCCCACUUUCUCCAGACGCUGCUACAUAUGGUCCAGAUCGUCAUCAGCUACUUCCUUAUGUUGAUUUUCAUGACUUACAACGCCUGGCUAUGUAUAGCCAUCGCGCUUGGCGCAGGCGCGGGCUACUUCGCAUUCGGCUGGAAGCGCGCCAUCGUGGUGGACAUUAACGAACACUGCCACUAGGGGGCGUGGCCCUCUGACGCACGUACUUCUACUUCGACCACGACAGCAUGAACCCUGACCAGUCUGUAAUUUGUGACCGCGUCCGUAGUCACUCCAACCAUAUCAUCACUGACUGAAACUUGUGGUGACAUGGAAUUACAUACCACUCUCACUAUUUUGUGGCAAAUCCAGCAGAGAAGUCAAUACGUAGGACAGUAAUAUUUAAAAUUAUUCAUGGAAAUAAAAUCAACAUCCAUUAGAAACUUCAUUUCAUUCAGAAUGAGAUCGAUAUGCUGUAGAAGUUAAUUUCUUCCAGGUUGUAACCACACAGGCAUUCAUUCAGUCAAAUAAUCGCUUUAUUGUGUACUCUUAGACAGUGGGUCAUUUAUUCACUUUUAUAUGUCUAUUUCAUUUUGCUUGAUUUGUUUGGCUUUGUUUAGCAGGAUUUUUUCUUUGUAGUUAUGAACUUGUAUGCUUACAUUCUUACAAGCGUGACUUGUAUUCUGUAUGCUCCAUGUCCAGUGUUUCAAUCAAGACUUGUAGAUUGUAUGCUUACAUUCUUACAAGCGUGACUUGUAUUCUGUAUGCUCCAUGUCCAGUGUUUCAAUCAAGACUUGUAGAUUGUAUGCUUACAUUCUUACAGUCCUCAUUUGUUCUUUGUAUGCUCACAUGCUUACAGUGCUUAAUCAUUCAGUGUUUGCUUACAUUCUACAUGUAUAUGUAUAAUGCAGUCAGGAAUGUACUGUAAGCAUGCAUGUAAGCAUACAUUCUUACAAUCAUGGAUUGUUCCUUGUAAGCAUACAUUCUUACAGUCAUGAAUUGUUCCCUGUAUGCAUGCAUUUUCACAAUCAUGCAUUGUUCCUUGUUAGCAUACAGUCUUACAGUCUUGGAAUUUUUCUCUUGUAAAAUUGCAUUCGUAUAAUCAUGAAUUAUUCCUUGUAAACAUACAUUCUUACAGUCAUGAAUUGUUCCUUGUAAGCAUACAUGCUUAAUACAAUCAUGCAUUGUUCCUUGUUAGCAUACAGUCUUACAGUCAUGGAAUUUUUCUCUUGUAACAUUGCAUUCGUAUAAUCAUGAAUUAUUCCAUGUAAGCAUACAUUCUUACAAUCAUGAUGUUCAUUAACAUGAUGUAAACUUAUUACUUAUAUAUUAGAAAAUUCCUUAUUUCAUUUAUUUGUCCAGUUUUUCACACUUCAGUAGAAGUAAAUUUCAUGCCUAAACUUUCCAGUUCUCAAAGGCUCGUAGAUCUGCCUUAUAGCGGUAAUAUUAUCUGAUGUUACUCCAAAAAGUUAAGAUAUGUUAGACAAUUACAUGCAUGCAUGAUUUAGGGCUUCAAUCUCUUAUCUUUUAAAAUUAUAUUUCGAAGUUUUUGUUAAAUUUAUAUUUCUGCUGAUUUAAGUUCGAUUUGUAAAUAAAUUUUUUUUUUUUUGCAUUUCACCUGAUGCAGCCACCAAUUAUGAUAUACAACUUCUAAUGUUAUUUCCUUCCCAAAUUUGCAACCAGAUGUAUAAAAUCUUUGAACAAAACACCUUAAAUCAGUACAAAAAGUGUGAUCAAAAAUAUUCUGGUGAACAGUAAUUGUGGUUUAACCAAAAAGAAGUAGAAUUCAAUAUUAACGAUGCGUCAGAGCCAAAAUAUGUGAUACAUUAAUUAUGAAUAUAUGAUCACGUUAGGCUUGUUGUACGAGUGUACAAAUGGGGAAAGGUUACAUUAGGCAUUUGAUAUAGAUAUACGCUGGUAGUUUUGUAUGGAAGAGAGUUACGCAAGAAAUUUGUCAACUGAAAUGAUAUUUCUAGUUUUGACUGCUUGAUUGCUUGAUGUGCAGUAGUGUUGAGGUCAAAUCCCGGUCCUGUCAGAUGUGAACAAAGUUUUAUUUUUGAGAUCAUGUCAAGUUAAGCAAAGUAAUCCAUGGCAUGUUGAACAUUUCAUAGGAACUUUCGUCUUUCCAUCCAGUGCUACUUGAUUCAUUAUUGCACUUGAAGUAGUUGACCUUUCUUAGCAACUUUAGUUGGAGAAAGAAAUCAGCUGUCUUCUUAGAUGUGAACUGUCUUGCUGGUUGGUGCUAAUGUACAACCCAAAAAUAAUUUGGGGAUUUUAUUUAGGGCUGAAUUAUACAGUCUAUAUUUCAAACAUGAGCCACAUGUAUGGCAAAAAUAUUGGUCAUAGAGGUUUAAGCCUUCAUUGACAGUAACACUGUUAGAUUCCAUACAAAUGUUUAGUCAAGAUUUUUAAUUGAAACCUGAUAUAGAAAAUUUCCUACAAAAUCACUGUUAGAGUUUUAUUAUUGACUUCAUAAAUCACAUGCCCAUGGUGCCUACAGAUAGUCGACCAUCGUUUGUUAUCUUUAAUAUGACAAAUAAAACUGGGAGAUAAAGUUGGCCGGCUCAAUCAAUGUGAUCACCUUUUAGUACAUGUACCACACAAAAUACCUUGACCAAUGAAAUCGCUUGGUACAUGUACAUGUUGUUUAUUGGCUAAUAGGUUUGUGUAUUUAUCCAAUCAAAUGUGUCGUCCCUGUGUAACAUGACUGUGACCUCAUGAGGGGUCAAAUGAUAUUGAUAGAGCAUUGCUAUGAUAUUUGUGAAUAGAAUCAAAUAUAUUUUUGAAAGUGUUUGUAUAUGUAUAUAUAUAAGUUAUCAAAAUGGUUUGGUGAUGUGUGGAAGACAUUUGAAAUUGAUGGUGGCACGUCGUCACCGACAUCUUUUGAAUAUGUAUGUAGGCCUAUCUCUGUUCAAACUUGUUGUAUUUAACUUCCUUUGUUAUGUCCAGUCGUUAUAUUGUAUCGUGUAUUGACCUUCUACUAUACGUAAGUCAUUCGUGAAUUCAUACUAUACUUCAAGUAGAUCGUCUUGUUGAACUAUCAAGAACUGAGUCCAUGUUGAAAAAUGUUUGCGAUUUGCAUGUAGAUUCCCUGUAAUUUCUACAAAACUUGGUUAAAAUUCACUCUCUGGUCACCUGUGGAUGCUGCCUGGACUCAUGCUGGAUCAAGGACAUGAGAUUCUGAAAGGUCGCCAUUAAGAGUUUCUUCAGUACAUUUCCGAAUGAGAGGUAGUUUUCGAGAAAUACUACGUUUUUUUUUUCUUCUCUCGGAAAUUUAGCAGGUCAAAAAGUUGUCUGUUUAGUAUUGCUCCGUGAGGCGAAAAAAGCUUAAGCGAAAUAGAUUCCCUAAGGGAUGUGGACGGCAUACUGUCGGUGUCUCUUCACCGUUGUUGACGAGAGUAAAUAUUUGUGUAUGAUGGUACUGGGAAAAACGGAAAUAGGGAAGGUUAUUUUUUUGUAACGCUUUGUAACUUUCUCUCAUCAGUCAACAAAUUUUGGUGAAAUAGAAGAGCGAUACCUUGGGUGAUGACUUUAGGCUGGAUGUGUGCCUUCUUACGUAUACUUUUGUUUCUGAUAAAGCUCCAAGGUUAACUGUAAUACAACCUUACAAUUACGGGAAUGUGCCGUUAUUCACUAUUGUUAUCGUCCUGGUUAACUUUAUCUCAAUGCUAUCCAAGAUCAACGUAUUUCCCAUUUGUAAUGUCAUACUCCCUUUAAUAGCAGCCUGGUUUUGUCCCACAGAAAAUCAGACUGGUGUAAUUUUAUGCCAUUUUCCUCAAUUCCCCAAGUGUGAGACCCCCCCACCAAUUGCUCCAAUUACCUAAAACGUCAACCUCUUUGCCAUUGUACUGGAGACGCUUAUGUCGCCGGAAGCUAUAUUCCCGGAAGCUAUAUUCCCUGUUUACACCCAACAAUGGACAAGUCCCGACGCUCGCUCCCUGGCCACAAUUCUUCUUACAGGACGUUAAAAACGUCGUACCUUAUCUUACCAGUCAGAGAAGCGUAUGCUACAUGUGUGUGUAAGUAGCUGCAAUGCAAGAUGUUUGUUCUGGCGAUAGUUCAUGUAGUCUAAAGUUAGGUGUGUAUAUUGCUUUGUAUUUUUUGUCUGAAACCCACCAUAUAUAUAUAAAUGUAUUUGUUAAUUUGAAGAGUUAGUGUUACCGCCUUUAUGUCAGAGCAUUAGUAAAAAAGACAAAAAAAAACAUUAUCUUGAGGAAUAAAUGAUAAAUCAUGUUAUAUCUUUAA